ACGGCAGCGCGUCGGUCGUAGCUGUUCCGUGACGAAACCCGUUCACUGUGCGUGACCGGAGCCGAAAUCGCAGCACGCGUGCGUCGGAUACGAAAAUUUCACAGUGCGCGCGGGAAAACGUUCGGCGACGUUCCAGCGAACGCGUAUCGUGUCCGCGGCGACGCAUCGACGCGACGGAUGAAACGCGCGUCCAACGUUGUCCGGGAAUGGCGAGCGGGUAGACCGCUUUCUGCGUGUUUACGCUCCGUCUGUGGUCAUGGUGACGGUGGUCUGAUAGACGCGAAGUGGAAGUCCGACGGCGGAUCGCGGAUAAUAGCGCGAGGAACGAGCGGGCAGCUGCAGAAAGCGGUCUUUCCAGUGAGGGAACCGGCGGGCCGAGUCCUCUUUUGUACCUUCUGCGCGCAGCGAGCGGAUCUACCGCGCAGCCGGCCGAAAACGCACGCGAUCCUGGGUACGUGCCUGUUUCCAAGCGGCCUUUCUACGCGCGCGACACCGCGAGAGGAUCGAUCGACAGAACCAUCUCGCAGCAUGCUGCGUAGCACGAUAUAUCACCGCUAUCUGUACGAUCGCUCGUGAUCGAUAAGCGGAGACAUUCGAAAGGUUGCCCGAAAAGAGCUGAGAGAGAUACAGUCGCAGCCAUGGCGCUGGCGCGGAUCAAGAGCUUCAUCGAUACCGGAUUGAAGACGGUGUCCACGCCGCUGGACCGCACGGUGAACCUGGAGCCGGAAGUGGGCAUCAGGAUCGUUCAUUCGGUCGACGAGAAGGCGCUGCACGUGACGGUGCUGGGCGCCAGACACCUGCCGCAGAAUUUUGGCUUCACGCGUGUCAACAGCUACGUCGUCAAGGUGAAAUUAAUACCCGGAAAGGAGAAGUUCGAAACAACGUCGAGGAACGAAUCCUGGCCACAAUGGAACGAGGAAUUCACGUUCCAUCUGCGCAAGGAGACCAAAGUAAAGUUCGGCAAGUCGAAAGUCGUCGAGGAGGAGAUCAACGGAUCCAGAUUCAUCGUGGCAACCCUGUACGCCAUUCUCGAGGACAAACCUCUGAUAGCCACCGAGAAGAAAGAGGCGGACAAAGAUAAGACAGCAUCCCCUACGAAGGACUCGCCCAAAAAAGGGAGCAAGAAGAAGGAUGGCCAGGGAAGUUCGUCGGAGAACCAGGAGCCAGUGAAGAACAAACUGCUCAGUCAGUUUUUUGGCAAGGGAUCCGAUAAAACUACGGAAACGGUGGCGACGGAGAGGAAACUGUACGAUAAAAGACGAACCGUCGGAGCAACCACGAUAUCCCUGGACCCGAAGAACUUCACUUCGAAGCCGGUGAAACCGAAGCACAGCAGCGACGUGUCGACGGGCGACAUGUGGAGACCGUUGCGACCGAUCGCGAGUGGUAUAUCUGGGGCGGAAGAUAGGAGGGAGAAUAAGAAGGGCCAGCUGGAACUGUCGCUUUGCCAAGAGAAGGCGGACAAGAGGGAGGAAGGCAGCGAGAAACUGGUUCUAUCUCUGCACCGUCUGAGAUGCUCUCUGCAGACGAUGCACGAGCACGAAGCUCUGAAGGGGCAGAUGUACAUAAAGAUGUCGGUGGUGGAUAACGGGAGAGUCACUCAUUUUUGGAAGAGCGACCGCUUCGCGCCGUGCGUGUCGAUGAAGUUCUCGCCGGAAAUGGCACGAGUGGUAGCCGAUAAUCCUUAUCAGGGAGCGCUGAAGGACGUCAGUUUCGUUAUUAAAUACGUAUCCAAAAAUAAAAUGGGGAAAAAGACGUCUGUCGGUCAUUUCGUGAUCGGAGCGGACGUCGCGGGACCGUACGGGGAACAGUGGAAACAGGCUUUAGCGAAACCGGGACAGCAGAUAACAAAAUGGCAGUCGUUCGAAUGAGAUGUAUUAAUAAAUGACUCUUGCACGGCUUUCUUUCGCGUGCGAAAUUACCUUCGAUCCGUACGGAUGUUAGAAAUAAUUGAAAGCUAUGUGAUCGACGGUAGUAUUCCAAAGAAUUGAUGGGAGAUCCGUGACUGAUCGAUUUUGCGAACGAUUGCUCGAUUUUGCCGGGAACACGGACCUGUGUUAAUUGCUUUUUUUCAGACGGAUUGCGCGUAUUAGUAUCUCGCACGUAUCUUGUACAUAUUUAUUUCUAUAGUUCGUUUGUAACCGUCCUCGAUUCCUGGCCGAAGCAGGAGCUGUUCGGCCAGGAAUGUGAACGAUAGAACCGUCCAGUAAAGUAAGUGCCUGUCGGCACGUGAACACGCGAAACCCGUGGAUCGCAGUCGAUGAAAUGAACGAGAUCAUAUAAAACGAAAAGACUAAACUAUGCUGAACCUGUGCCAGACGCAAUCGUGACGUGAUCUUUGAAUAACAAUAGAGUAGUUUCUACUUUUGUAUCGACUAUAGGAUAAAUAUCUCAAUCUUUGAACGACUAACAGAAACAUAGAGUAUUAUAAUCACGCAAUGAUCCAGAAGUAUUUUACGGUAUCACUUGUCACGAAGUAUUUUUUAAGGUGAAUUAAUCGAUGGUAAUUUUGUAAGGAAUUAUUUAUACCGAUGUAAGUAAACACGCGAUCGUGAUCCAACGAAU